CGUGGGCUCUCGGCUGGGUCUCAGCUCCUGCUCCCGCGCCGAGACGCGCUUCCUCUCUUGCUUCCCCAGGAGUACAGAGAGGAAGGUCCCUGCGAGUUCACGAGAGUUCGGGGUCACUGCUAGCCUUGGGUCUACGGCCACACCAACCCGAACGCGUCCGAUCUCAUCCGAGAGUCCGGGAUCCGAGCGAUCUCGGGGUCAGCAGCCCGCUCCCACAGCUGCGCCCGGGGCGCACGAGCGGGCCAGCCACGGGCAGGGGCCGCGGGGCACAGGAGGGGGCUGCCUGCGGGAACAUGCGGAAGCCCGACGGGAAGAUCGUGCUGCUGGGAGACAUGAACGUGGGCAAGACGUCGCUGCUGCAGAGGUACAUGGAGCGGCGCUUCCCGGACACGGUCAGCACGGUGGGCGGCGCCUUCUACCUGAAGCAGUGGCGGUCGUACAACAUCUCCAUCUGGGACACCGCAGGGCGAGAGCAGUUCCAUGGCCUGGGCUCGAUGUACUGCCGGGGUGCGGUCGCUGUCAUCCUCACCUAUGAUGUGAGCCACCCACAGAGCCUGGCUGAGCUGGAGGACAGGUUCCUCGGCCUCACAGACACAGCCAGCAAGGACUGCCUCUUCGCCAUCGUGGGGAACAAGGUGGACCUCACCGAGGAGGGGGCCCCGGAGGGCCGGGAGGGGGAAGGGUGCAGCCCUAGGCAGGCCGGUGGUGGCCCUACCUCCCCCAGGGUGCCCAAGCAGGUGCGACUGGAGGACGCCAUGGCCUUUUAUAAGAAAAUCCUCAAGUAUAAGACGCUGGAUGAGAAGAACGUACCAGCCGCUGAACAAAUGUGCUUCGAGACCAGCGCCAAGACGGGGCACAACGUGGACCUCCUGUUUGAGACCCUGUUUGACAUGGUCGUGCCUAUGAUCUUGCGGCAGAGAGCAGAGGAGCUGUCGCAGACCGUGGACAUAACCAGUUACAAGCCGCCCAAACGGACCAGAUCUGGGUGCUGUGCCUGAGGCGCUGGGCAACCCUGACUCACGGCCUGUGUGCAUGGGAAGGGUCUGACCAGGCAAGCUGUGGUCUGAAGCACACAUGGGCAGAGCGCUGAAGAGCAAGGUGACAGUUGGUUACAAGAGAAGCUCCGUGUGGACAGAGCCUCUUCAGGCUCCUUUGGAAACUUGCAUCCCCUGCAAACCCUGUGGCAGCCAGGCCCUCGGCUGCUGCCCCACACGGGGCCUUCACAGUGACGUCCUGGGUGCCCUCCUGGUGCACCUGCCUGUCUCCGCCCUGGGCUGUUAGCACAUGGAGUCGCUUCUGUGUUUUUGUCACUCUAGAGUGCUGGUUUUCACUGUGAGUUCUCUGGUCUUCCCACUUGGAACUGUACCCAGACACAUUAUGGUAGUGAUUCUCACCAUGUUACUUUAUAUGAAAUCAGGAAAACUCUUUUUAUAUUGAUUGCAGCAUCGUAGCCUAUACAUAUUAUUAAAGAGGAUUUUGGGAAAAA